GCUUAAUUUAAGAUAGAGCUGAUCGUCAGCUUUGAGGCGAGCGACUCCAAACCGAAGGGUUUAAUCAAAGAGUUAAUAUAGCAGGGUAAUUAGUAUCUUAGUACCUAAGUAUCGCAUCCUCGCAGUUCCAAGCGGCGAAUUGUUGCCCCAUUUUCAUUAUGAAAAUAACGACAAUGAAGUUUAAGCGCAAAUAUGGCUGUUUAGAGAAUAUUUGAAAAGAAUUUCUCACUUAUUAAUCAAUUUGGAUUUUUGUUUCGACCCUCAUUUGUUACGUAGUCUUGUAUUUUAUAAGUUCCAAACGACUGUUUUGCACAACUCAAGUCAUCCACCCAGUUAAAUCCGCACCACCCAAUUACAUACAGUUUGCGUUCAGUUUUCAAGGAGCAAGAAGAGCAAUCAGUAUUUAGUUAGAGUUGAGAGAAUUUAGUGGAUUGCGCCGAAGAUUUUUGAAUUACAUUGAACACCGAAUCUCACAAUCGGCAUCAUGGAGAGCUUUGCGCCGGAAUUACUAUGGAUGGUAGUCAUAGGGUUCCUAAUCGCCUUUGUCCUGGCCUUUGGCAUCGGUGCCAACGACGUGGCCAACUCAUUUGGCACCAGUGUCGGCUCUGGAGUUCUGACCAUCCGGCAGGCAUGCGUUCUGGCCACAAUUUGCGAAAUUUCCGGUGCCGUGUUAAUUGGCUACAAGGUAUCGGACACCAUGCGCAAGGGAAUCCUGGAAGUUGGUCUAUACGAGGGCGCCGAGGAGGUGCUAAUGCUGGGCUGCGUGGCCGCUUUGGCCAGUAGUGCCGUUUGGCUGCUGGUGGCCACCUUUUUGAAGCUGCCCAUUUCGGGAACGCACAGUAUCGUGGGCUCUACCAUUGGAUUUUCACUAGUGGCGCGCGGCGUUCAGGGCCUGAAGAGGUGUACUUUGGGCACAAUUGUUGGAUCGUGGUUCAUCUCACCGGUGCUGAGUGGAGUUGUGAGCAUCCUGCUCUUCCUCGCCAUUCGUCGCUUCAUCCUACGUGCCCAGGAGCCGCUCAAGGCCGGAUUUCGAUCGCUGCCCAUUUUCUAUGGUGUAACGUUCUUCAUCAACGUUAUCAGUGUGGUGUUGGACGGCCCCAAGCUGCUCUACAUGGACAAUAUACCCACUUGGAUAGCUCUGACUGCCAGUUUUGGUCUUUCUAUGCUGGUGGCUUUGCUUACGCUUGGUGGUGGUGCCUCUGCAGCGGCGCAAGAUUGCCAAGCGACUGCGGGCCGAGAAUCCUGUCAAGUUUAAUUUCGAGGACUCUGUGGGUGAGUUAUUUAGUAUUAAGUGUGCUUUACUUUAACCGAAUGUAGAUAUACUUAAGCAGUUGGGUUUUCACAAUAUCCGUAUUGUCGAACAUCUAUUUCAGAGUCUUAUAUUUUCGAUUUAAUAGUCUAAUGAGUCUAUUUACUCAUG